AGAGAAGUUGUGAGACCGCUAGCUAGUCUGGAGUAAGUGUGAAUCAGAAUGGAUGCAGUACCGUGUUGUCUGGCACUAAUGGUCCUUCUCUUAGGGACUGGGAUGCAGGAAACUCACGCCUUACAGUGCUACUGUCCCCACUGCUUGAACUCCACCUGCAACACGGAUGGGCUCUGCUUCGUGUCCGUCAAGCGGUCGGGCACCAAGAUCAGCACGCAGAUGAUGAUGUGCUUGUCGGAGAAGGAGCUGAUCCCCCGGGACCGGCCCUUCGCCUGCGCCCCGUCCACAAAGGACGACAUCGGCGUGUACCCCAUGUGCUGCAACACGGACCUCUGCAACAAGGAGCCCAACAUCACAGCUCUCCCUCCCCCCGUGCCCCCGGAGAAGCCCCUGCCUCUGGGCCCUGUGGCCCUGGCGGCCCUCAUCGCGGGGCCCGUGUGCCUGCUCUGCUUCGUCCUGCUGCUGCUGUUCUACAUCUGCCAGCGCCGGCCCGCCAUCCACCAGCGUGUGCCCAACGAGGAGGACCCCUCCAUGGACCACCCCUUCAUCUCCGUGGGCACCACGCUGAAGGACCUCAUCUACGACAUGACCACCUCCGGGUCGGGCUCAGGGCUCCCCCUGCUGGUGCAGAGGACCAUCGCCCGGACCAUCAUCCUGCAGGAGAGCAUCGGGAAGGGGCGCUUCGGCGAGGUGUGGCGGGGGAAGUGGCGCGGCGAGGAGGUGGCGGUGAAGAUCUUCUCCUCGCGCGAGGAGCGCUCCUGGUUCCGCGAGGCCGAGAUCUACCAGACCGUCAUGCUGCGCCACGAGGACAUCCUGGGCUUCAUCGCCGCCGACAACAAAGAUAACGGCACGUGGACGCAGCUGUGGCUGGUGUCGGACUACCACGAGCACGGCUCGCUGUUCGACUACCUGAACCGCUACACCGUCACGGUGGAGGGCAUGAUCAAACUGGCCCUGAGCACCUCCAGCGGCCUGGCCCACCUGCACAUGGAGAUCGUGGGGACACAGGGUAAACCCGCCAUCGCGCACCGCGACCUCAAGUCCAAGAACAUCCUGGUGAAGAAGAACGGCACGUGCUGCAUCGCGGACCUGGGCCUGGCCGUCCGCCACGAUUCAGCCACCGACACCAUCGACAUCGCACCCAAUCACCGCGUGGGCACCAAGAGGGUAUAUGCCCCGGAGGUUCUGGAUGAUUCUAUAAACAUGAAGCAUUUCGAGUCGUUCAAGCGGGGAAUCUACGCCAUGGGCUUGGUGUUCUGGGAGGUCUCCAGCAGGUGUUCCAUCGGAGGCAUCCACGAGGACUACCAGCUGCCCUACUACGACCUGGUGCAGUCAGACCCCUCGGUGGAGGAGAUGAGGAGGGUGGUCUGUGAGCAGAAGCUGCGGCCCAACAUACCCAACAGGUGGCAGAGCUGUGAGGCCCUGCGGGUGAUGGCUAAGAUCAUGCGGGAGUGCUGGUACGCCAACGGAGCCGCCCGACUCACCGCGCUGCGCAUCAAGAAGACGCUGUCCCAGCUCAGCCACCAGGAGGGCAUCAAGAUGUAGACCCCGU